CGCGUGGCGGGCGCCGUCACGUCAGCCGCGCGCGGUUCCCGCCGUAAGCGCGCUCCGCGCAUCGGAUGCUUACGCAGCCGCGCUGAGCGGAGGCGGCGGGCGCCGAGAGGAGGCUGACGCCAUGGAGGCGAAGGCGGCGGACCCGCUGCUCUGCGACAGCCUCAUCCUGUGGUUGCAGACGUUCAACACUGCUGCACCUUGCAGAAAUGUUCAGGAUUUGACCAAUGGCGUUGCCAUGGCUCAGGUGCUUCAUCAAAUAGAUGUUGCUUGGUUUGAUGCAUCUUGGCUAAAUCGCAUUAAAGAAGAUGUUGGUGACAACUGGAGGAUAAAGUCCAGUAAUCUGAAGAAAAUACUGCAAGGGAUUAUGGACUACUAUCAUGAGUUUUUGGAUCAGCAGAUUUCAGAAGAACUUAUUCCGGACUUAAAUAAGAUUUCUGAGAAAUCAGAUCCUACUGAACUGGGGAGGCUUAUGCAGCUUAUUUUAGGCUGUGCGGUCAACUGUGAAAGGAAACAAGAACACAUACAAAAUAUCAUGACCCUUGAAGAGUCUGUUCAGCAUGUUGUCAUGACAGCCAUUCAAGAACUCAUGAGCAAGGAAGCGAUGGGUCCUUCUGCAAGUGAUGCACCAAGUGAAAUGGAACAACAGCUUAAAAAAGCUUUGGAGGAUCUUCAAGAAGCAAUAGCAGAAAAAGAAGAGUUGGCACAAAGAUGUCAAGAGCUAGAUUUACAGGUGGCUGCCCUUCAGGAUGAAAAGAACAGCUUGGUGUCAGAAAAUGAGAUUCUGAAUGACAGGCUGGAGCAAUUAGAUGACUCUCUUGAUGAUCCAAAUACCGUGGUAGCAAAAAAGUAUUUUCAUGCACAGUUGCAGCUAGAACAACUGCAGGAAGAAAACUUCAGGCUUGAAGCUGCCAAAGAUGAUUAUCGUGUCCAUUGCGAAGAUCUAGAAAAACAAUUGAUUGAACUACAACAUAGAAACAACGAACUAACCUCUUUGGCUGAAGAAUCUAGAGCCUUGAAAGAUGAAAAUGACAUUCUUAGAGCUACUGCAGACAAAGCAAGUAAGCUGGAAUCAACUGUUGAAGUGUAUCGUAAAAAGCUGCAGGAUCUGAAUGACUUCCGAAGACAAGUCAAAUCUCUGCAGGAAACUAACAUGAUGUACAUGCACAAUACAGUCAGUUUGGAAGAUGAACUAAGGAAAGCCAAUGCAGCCCGUGCCCAAUUAGAAACCUACAAAAGACAGGUAGGGCUGCACUUUUUUUUUUUUUUUUUUUUCAGAGAAAUGUUUAUUCAGCUUCAGCAUGAAAAUAAGAUGCUUCUACUGCAACAGGAAGGAUCAGAAAAUGAACGUAUUACAGAGCUCCAGAAACAGCUAGAGCAAAAGCAGUGGACAGUAAAUGAACUAGAAACUGAAAAAAGGCUAAACAAGGAGCGUAUUGGAGAGUUACAACAGCAGAUUGAAGAUCUGCAAAAGACUUUACAGGAACAAGGUUCCAAGACAGAAGGAUCUAGCAAUCUGAAGCAGAAAUUGGCAGCACAUAUGGAAAAAUUGAGUGAAGUUCAUGAUGAGUUACAGAAGAAAGAGGCUGCUCUUGCAGAACUACAGCCUGAUGUUAGUCAGAACCCCCAGAAGAUUGGGGAGCUGGAAGCAGCCUUACGAAAAAAAGAUGAGGACAUGAAAGCAAUGGAAGAAAGAUACAAAAUGUACCUUGAAAAAGCAAGAAAUGUGAUAAAAACCUUGGAUCCCAAGCUGAAUCCAGCAUCCGCAGAAAUCAUGUUGCUUAGAAAACAGAUAACAGAGAGAGACAAAAAAAUUGAAGCGUUGGAGGCUGAAUACAAACUCGCUAAGUUACGUGAUUAUGAGGAAAAUUUAAUUGUAACUGCAUGGUACAACAAGAGCCUAACGCUCCAGAAAUUAGGUAUGGAAGCUAGACUGCUUGGCAGUGAUGGUGCCUGCAGGGAUGGCCCAGGACGUUCCUUCCUAGCUCAACAGCGCCAUGUCACCAAUACUAGAAGGAAUCUCCCUGUUAAAGUACCAAGUGCAACAUCUGAUUGAACCAUAAGGACCGUGAGGGAAGCUUACCUGCUAAAGUGUCCUUAAGUGUUUUAUAGCUUCUACUUCAACUGUUUGGUGAAAGAUGAUGUUACAGUGGUGGGCAUCUGUGAAUUCAGCAUCAGAAUUUAUCAAGAACUUAGCUUAAUUAACUUGAUCAGUGGUAUCUAGAAGGUAGCACAAUAGAAGUAGAUAUAAUAAUUACAGUAUGUAUUUACAAGCACAACUUAAGAUUUAUAUUUGCCUUGAAGAUAUAUUGUAAAUAUAAAAAUUGGCACUAUAUAUUUAAAACUAAUCAAUUUAUUUGGGCUAGAGAGUUGACUUUUGUAAUAGGAAGAUGUUAUGCAAAAAUAUACUUCAGGAAACUGGCAAUAUUUGACAUUUUUGCUGGCCUCUUCUAAAAUCAAGUUUUAAGAAAUUGGUAACAUGCUUUAAAAAUACUUCUUAGAUAAUAUAAUACAAAAUACAAUUUUAGAAGCAAGAAAAUAUUUGCGUUUAUUUAAAAAUAAAAUUUUAAAAUUGUAUUACUAGUUGACCUGUAUAACAGGUGACAGGCUUUAUCAUCUCAAAUCGGAGACACAAUUAUGCAAUCUAUUUAAGUAAAGGUCAAGUUAGUGCUUAUAUACACUAAGGAAAUCCUACCUUGAAGAUGUUGAAUUCACCAAAGCCAAAUAAGCUUUUGUUUUAGAAAAAAAAAAAAAAAAGAACUAUUGUAUUAACUCAAGUCUGGGCUAUGUUUUAAAAGUCUGGAGUACCUGUGCACUGCAUUUGUGAGAUAUGUGGGGGGAUGAGGGGACAAGGAUGCAGGUGGUGAUGGUGUAGGAAGAAACCUUUAUUUCCAGCUAUUUAUACAACCUUAGGAAUAGAAAUUAUUUUUCUUCAUUUUUAAAUGUAGUUUCACUGCAAUUAUUUUGAACUAACUGUGCUAUGCAGGUAAGUGAAAUGCUACUUUGCUAAUCCUCGGCAGCAAAGACUGAGGGAGAAAAGUCAGAACUGAUAUCUGACACUUGAGGGGGGAGUUGCUGCCUUUCUCCAAACGUGUGUCUCUUUAUUGAAAAAGCGUUCUAUUUUUUGUGAACUGUAUUUUUAAGAAAUUUAUGUCCAUCCUUUUUUGCAAACUGUCUAGAACAAAUUCAUUAUAGCUGGUUAAAUGGCAUAAAGAAACAGCAGUUCUUUAAAUGAAUACACUUAACAGUAUGCAAAUGAGGUUGCCGCACCUGUCUGUAAUUUAUUAUAAAUCUCACCACUGAAAGCAUAUAGUACUUCACCACUGAGGCCAUCUUUUAUUUGAGAGCUGGGUUCAGCUUUGCUUUGCAGAAUUGAAGUUUCUACUUUGAGUAUGGAUUGAAUUGUGAAUUUUGAGUAGUCUUGCAUUUUGUACGCCCCUCAGUAUGACUUGUUCUUUGAUUUUUCCCUUCCCGAUCUUCCUUCCCUUCUGCCUUCUUGGCACUGUAUGCAAUGCUAGAGAAAAGGAAACUUCUCAUUUUUAAUACUUAGUAAGUUUUGUUUCUUAAUAGCGUUGAUGGCUUACAGUCUUAUACACCUAAGCACUGCAGAAAGAUUUCCUCUUGUGAAACUUACAUCUAUACAAGGUAUUAUUUAAAAGCCAGAUUCGUCUGAAAGGUGGAGUGUUAUGAGCAAAGAACAUUCCAAGAAACUGCUUUUGAACAGUUGUGUCUGUCAGUUUGUGUUCUUCAGGACUCUAUGCUUCUUUGACUACCUCUUGAGUUUUGAAGUCUUUGACUGCAGCAGUGAUGGUUUUUGUUUUUGUACUGUUAAGAUACAAUAGCGUGUUUAAUCUGUUAGUGGUGUGGGAGAUGGUGGUGAGCAGUAGAACGUGAGAGUAAGCCUUAGCAGGCUGCUUACAUUUCUUAAAGCCUGGUACUUCAGUGUGUUCUGGUGAAAUACGAACCUGUUGUUGGUGGUGUUGAAUGAGUCUCUUAGCUUCUGUUCUUCACAGCAUGAAAACUUUGAUGGACCUCCUUCAAGUAUUCAUCUAGUUAAUAGGCUUGGUACAUGCAGUGUUUCUCACGGUAGUAGAGCUGUGUCAGUAGUCGUAUCAGGUGCUGAAUAGUGAAAACCUUGGAGCAAAUAUCUUUAUAUACUUCUCAAAACUGCAGACCCUGGGACCAAAAAAUGACCGAGAACCUCCUUACUAUUAAUUAAAAGCUUGUCUUCUAAGCAGAAAUGAAAAAUUUAAAUACCUAAUUACAGAUGGGAAUAAGCCUUUUUCAGAGUAGGAGUGGUCUCCAGUAAAUCUAUUAAGGAUGCAAAAAUUUAAAAUGUUCAGGUAUUUGGAGAAAAUUUUACUUCCUUGGCUUUUUUCCAAACUGUUAAAACUUAGAUGGGUAAAUACAGUCUUUUUUAGUGUUUCUUUAGAAUUUUGGGAAACUGCAGAACAGGGGCUGUUUUGUAACCAGUUAAACUUGGGUUAUGCUCUGUGAAUGAGGAAGUGAUGCACAGAAAUAAUUAUUUGAAUCUAAGCCAUACUGUCAUAUUCACUUCACCUCAUCUGGAUGUGCAAAAAGGAAUAAAAGUACUAUUGGUAAUUCUGGUUGGUUUCUGGUUAAACAGGUAGUAUGAAUCCCCAGAAGCAAAAAUAAGUGACAUAUCAUUUAACUCAUAAUUUUCUUUUAUAUAAGAUCUAAGAAAAUAGCCACAAAGGAAGAGAAGUGUUUUGUAGCAAUAAUACAAAUUUAGGGCUAUUAGGUUCUUUUACUCAAGGUGGAUCAGGCAGUGGUUUUGAGAAGAUGAUUUUUAGAACAACUGUAUAGUAGUGGAUUAAGAAACAGUCACUAAAAAUAGAUUUUUCACCCAAGUUUUCCUUCAUGAAAUAUAUAUGUAUAUAGGUAUUCUAUUUUCUACAAUAUACACUUACUUGAAAGUAAAAAAUAUAAGCAAUACCAAUGUUUUAUUUAAGUAGCCAUAGUCUCGGAAUUAGAAAAUGAAAAUAAUUGUUUGAGUUGAUAAUGUCUAGUAAAAUAAUUUUCUUAAGGCUUCCUAGCUUAUUUCCUUUUCACCCACUAGUCCAACUAGAGGUAAGAUUUCAUGUUGUAUCAGUGUCUACAUUGUCAGUUGAAAACAAAUGUAAACACUGUAUUGCAUAGAACUUGAAAAGUUGCACUAAUUUUUAAACUUCUUUUUGUUUUAUUUCUUUGGAAAUGAUUCUUUUAUAUUCACAUAAAGAUUUUUAAAAUG